AUGGACAUCAGUAACAUCUCCAUUGCUGCUGCGUUACGCGAUUAUGCAGAUCGACUAGAGCAUCGUUACGAGGCACCACCGUUGGUUGGAAAUCGUCAUUUCUAUACCAGCGAUUUCCAGGUGCACCGUCGAACCAACUGGACCGCUGCGUUGAAGAUGCAUUCCUUUCGAACAAUCACAACUGAAUGCGAUAAUUAUGAGAACCUGAAAGGUGAGCACAUAGGUGACGGUGUGCUCAACCUGUAUACUCGUGAUGCACAAUACGGCAGUGGUGAAGAAUAUGAGAACAUAUUCGCCUUGCUUGACUGGAAUGCUAUAAAUGGUAUUACUGUGGAGGCUGACACGCCAUUAGUGCACUGUAACAGAGGGAAGCUUCCUAUGCUGAACACGACGUUCGUUGGUGGCGUUAGCGAUGGCAACUAUGGCGCGGCCGUAAUGGAUACCGCUACCCACAGUUUGACGGCCAAGCGUACGUGGCACUUUUACGAUGAUUUCGUUGUGGCAUUGGCAAAUGGCAUUGAGGAUAAUACUAGAGCAUUAUUACAGACCACCGUGGUGAGCAGAUUGUUACCACUAGCGAACACAGUGGCAGGUACACUGACAUUGCAAUGGAGUAAUGGAACUAAGGUGGUGUUGGCGGACGGUGUCUAUUCGUUUUCAGACACAGAGCCGCGCGUGCAAUGGUUUCACGCCGAUGGCACCGCAUGGGUAGUGCUGGGUGACUACGCUGCGCUGACAAUUGACUGUCGCAACAAGUCCGGCAACGUCAAUCGGUUUGGUCCAUGGGAUUUUGAACUGCACGGACGCAUGCUUACCGCCGCUAUCAUUCACGGCAGAGGACCCACGAGCAAGGCGCUCAGUUAUACGUAUAUGAUGAUGCCCAAUGUGACCGUAUAUGCAGUGCCGGCGCUUUGGAACCGGUAUAUGUUUUUAGCGGACAGUGCAUAUACAUUGGAGAAGGCACAGGGAGAUGAUACGUUGCUACAUUUGCAUGGUACUUGCGAUCCAUUCGUCCAGCGGGCGUCUGUUUCGCUAUUCGAAGACGCUUCUAGUAUCGGUGGUGGCGCGUACUACAACUGCAGCGGUUUGUCGCUGAGUAUUUAUAUGGAACAGGCAGGCGCUAUUUUGUAUAGUGAGAACUCUGACAGCUUCACCGUCACUGCGGCUCAUCCAACGCUUGCGGAGGGCACGCUUGCUAUCAGUGUUAAUCGAGGUAGCAUUACCACACCGGGCUGCACUAGUGAUAUGCGCUGGGGCACGCAAUCCGGCACACAAGUCUUGCUCACUCUGCCAGCCACCAGUGAGCUGCUCGGCAUGAGUGUGUCAGCAACGUGCAAGAAAACCAAUGCACUGAUAUAA